CGUCUCUACUGUUUUCUUCAUACGUCUGUGGUCGACACGCACUUCUCCAGGAAUGGAUAACGAUGCACCAGAUGAGGCCUUUGCUGAUUUCAGGAAGAAGCAGCUCGGAGGAUGGGGUGUUGCUCAGAUAGCUGCUGGCACUGGGCUUACUGUAUAUGCCAUAUGGGUGGGAAUCAUUCAACCAGGCUUCCGGAAAGUCCCCUUGAGGCUACAGGUCCCGUACAUUCCUGCCAGCAGAGCUCAAGUAGCUCAUGUCAUGACACUGUUGAGAGGCCGUAAGGGGGGCCUUGUGGAUCUGGGAUCUGGUGAUGGCCGCAUUGUCUUGGAAGCACAUCAGCAGGGUUUCACUCCUGCUAUUGGUUAUGAGCUCAACCCUUGGCUUGUUCGCCUGUCCCACUUUAAUGCCUGGAGAGCAGGACAUCAUGAGAAAGUGUCGUACCGAAAGGAAGAUCUCUGGAAGGUCGACUUGAGAGAAUGCAGAAAUGUCACAGUAUUUCUGGCUCCUAGUGUGCUUUCAUUACUGCAGCAGAAGUUACAUACUGAGCUUCCUAAUGAUGCUUUAGUGGUAGCUGGUCGUUUUCCCUUUCCUGACUGGACACCCUGCAGGAUUGAGGGACAUGGUGUGGACAGAGCCUGGGCAUAUAGCAUGCAGGCACAAAGACAGCACACCUCCAAGAAAAAUGACAAGCUUACAGAAAGCAACCUUAACAAUGAACUAACCAAGGAGGAAUGAUCCACUUGAAGCUACAUAAAUGUUACUAGACUUUUGCACUCCAUAGUGGUAACAUUAAAUCAAAGUAAUUAAUUAACUUACUCCUUAAAAUAUGUCAAUACCGUUUUCUUUCAAAAACACUGUAGACAUUUUAGGAAUUGCCUGCCUCGGGGGAGCAAGUUCUAAAAUGUUGCAUCAUCUGUAUUUUUUCUGCUGAAGAUUAUUUUAUUUAGUUUUAAGUGUUUAUUGAUUUUUAGUCAUUAUUAUUAUUGUUGUUGUUAUUACUUAAUAAUUCUUAUACAGGCCUAUAUAUAGUUUGACAACUUCAGAGGGAAUUUUUGAUUCUAUGAUGCAGCUUGUUAGUCAUUAUUGUUGUUGUUGCUGUUGUUAUUACUUAAUAUUUAUUACAUAGGCCUAUAAAUUGUUGGGCAACUUCAGAGGGAAUUUUUGAUUCUAUGAUGCAGCUUGUUUUCUAUAAGUAGAAUGUACACAAAAUAAAAAGACUUUAUGUUUG